AAACAUAAAAAUCCAACUCCUAGCCAAAAGAAAAGCAAUUGAUUCAAUCGAUGCUAAUCCUCAUCUUCCUCCUCUUUACCUCCGGCGCCCAAAUUGCUACCGCUAAUGAGCCGGUCCCGGCGCCAUGGCCACACCAAUUUCACGCGCUACUGUUCAUGAAUUACUCGGGAGACCUCUCGAUGAUUGACCUUUGGUACGACUGGCCCAACGGUCGUAAUUUCAAUAUCAUACAGGAGCAGCUCGGUGGCAUCACCUACGACCUCGAAUGGAACAACGGCACGUCCUUCGUCUACACCCUCGACGACUCAAAAUCGUGCCGUUCAGCUCAACUUGAGGUUGGAAUCUUGCGACCAAACUGGCUAGAUGGAGCCAAGUAUCAAGGCCAACAACUUGUGAAUGGGUUUCACUGCAAUGUAUGGGAGAAAGUAGACUUUAUAAGGUACUAUGAGGAUGUCGAAACCAAGAGACCCGUUCAAUGGAUCUUCUAUACAGGGAGGGAGGCUCAUGUGAUGACAUUCGAGGUUGGCGCAGUACUUGAGGAUGAGAAAUGGCAAGCGCCGGUUUAUUGUUUCAGCAAAGAGAAGAAGAGUUUAUCAACUGAAGGAGCUUUAAGAGAAUUUAGAGGAUACAAAGGAAAGGCUGUUUCGUAAUGCUAAUUACUGAGAGCUUUCUUUUUUUUUUUUGGAUCAAAAUAAGAAAAACGUUUGAAAUGUUUGUACACAGACUUGAAAUGUUUUUAUUUGAAAUCUCGAGGCUUGUUCAUC